GAGAAGUGCCUGAGAUGUUUUUAGCUUCAGAUGUGCUUAGUUGUUGUCUGGGCUUGUAAGCUUCCUCUCGGGAGGUUUUCGUGUUUUUCCUUUCAAUAAUAUUUGCUUUUUAUCAAAAAAAGAAAAAAGAAAAAAAAGUGGCUGUGAUGGCAAGAAGAGACUCCGACUAUGGAGCUUUCAUGGAUAAAUUCGUUUUACAACCGAGCUCUUCGCAAUACCAACUCCCCCUAGGUGCCCUCACUUGGGCCGUCAAAGACAUAUUUGAUGUGGAUGGAUAUGUAACUGGAUUUGGGCAUCCUGAUUGGGCAAAGACUCACUCACCUGCCUCAUCAACUGCUCCAGCAGUUUUGGCCAUCUUGAAUGCUGGUGCUAAAUGUAUUGGUAAAACUGUCAUGGAUGAUCUGGCAUACAGUAUAGACGGAGUAAACAUACAUUAUGGGACUCCCACAAAUCCGUGUGCACCAGAUAGAGUUCCUGGAGGAUCUUCUAGUGGGUCUGCUGUUGCAGUUGCUGCAAACCUUGUAGAUUUUUCCUUAGGAACUGACACUGGAGGAAGUGUAAGAGUGCCUGCAUCUUAUUGUGGAAUUUUCGGGUUUCGGCCUUCUUACGGUGUCAUUUCUACUUCUGGAGUUGUCCCUCUGGCACAGAGUUUUGAUACUGUGGGAUGGUUUGCUAGGAAUCCUGUGCUUUUGAAUAAAGUUGGACGUGUACUACUGCAAUUGCCCGACAUAAAUCCUGUCAAACCUGCUCAGUUUAUCAUUGCAGAUGACUGUUUCCAGCUUUCAACUAUUCCGAGCAGUCGAGUAGAAGAAGUUCUAGUUAAAUCAGUUGAGAAGUUGUAUGGAAGUCAUCUUGUCAAGCAUGCUAACCUUGGGGACUAUGUCAAGGAAAAAGUUCCAAGUUUGAGUACUUUACUGCCUAAAGCACAUGCAGAUCAAGAAUAUAAUAUACCAUCCUUAGCAGCACUGUCAAAUGCUUAUCGUCUACUUGAGCGGUAUGAAUUCAAGAAUGACCAUGGAAAAUGGGUGAGUGCUGUCAGACCUGUUUUAGGUCCUGGGAUUUCAGAACGUGUACAGGAAGCUCUCAGGGCAACAGAUGAAAAUAUUGAUAUCUGUCGAUCUGUGAAAACUGAAUUACGUUCUGCUCUUGCUGCUCUCCUUGGGGAUUUUGGUGUCCUCGCAAUUCCAACAGUUCCAGAAUCUCCGCCAAAACUACAAACAGAUCCUAGUACACUGCAAACUUUUCGUGCAAGGGCUUUUAGCUUGCUAUCCAUAGCUGGAGUAUCUGGAUUUUGCCAGGUAAGCAUUCCACUGGGGCUGUACGACAACCUCCCUGUGUCAGUUUCCUUGUUGGCAAAACAUGGCUUAGAUGGAUUCCUUCUCAAUCUAGUUGAGACUCUUUAUCCCACCAUCAAAGAAGAGCUUGGAUUGCAAUAAAGAAAGUUACUAAUCUGAUCGGGGCCUCACGUGGGUAGUUUACUACCAUGCAAUUAAUGACCACCCGAGCAUGGGAUCGUGGUAGAAUGAGGUUAUAGGAGGAGGUUAUUGUCAGUUAAUAUGUGUAGUUAUCUUACGUUGCUACUGUUAGUUAUUAUGUAGUUAUGUGGCUGUGUAUCCAUGUUCAUAAUGGGGUCUUGUAAAUAAGAAUAUGUAUAUAAAUAUGCAUCUAGUGGCUGUAACGGGAUCAUAAUGAAUGAAAGUUAAUUUUCCCA